AUGAUAGAGCUAUUCACCGGCAUUCAGCUAAACAACACGGCCAAAGAUAUCCCGUGCACAAUAUGUCUGGACUGUAAAAAUCUCCUUACCGAUUGGUUUGAGUUCCGCUGUACCUGUUUAAGCAAUGAUAUCCUAUUUCAACAAUCGUAUGCUACCUACACAGUGCCUUCGAACGAUAAGAGUGAUGAGAAUGAAGUUCCACCCGAACGAUACGAAACGAAUCUAUUUGAAGUUGAAAUUAUGCUGCCACACGAAGAACUUGUAGACGAUAGCAAUGUCAUUCAAACCACCCAUGAUAUGCUAGUUUCAGAAAACGAAUCUGAAUGUAUUGAAGAAGUACUAUUUGAGGAAACGUUAACCGAUUGUAAACAAGAAGAUCUUCCGGUCCAGCUUACAGUAAACAGUGAUCCAUCGAACGACAAUAUUGACUAUACGAAUAGCACGUGCAUGCAUUCAUAUACCAAGGUUAUGCCAGAACAUUCUCAAAAAAUACCUGUCGGAGCAGAUAAGCCCUCAACCCAUCGCAAACUGCAACUGUGCGUGAUUUGUGGCAAAUUGGUUAAAAAUCGGUGGUACCAUGUACGUACCCACGCAAAGGAAACAGCCACUUACGCUUGUCCACAUUGUUCGACGGAAAUGAAAAAUCAAUCGAAUCUCGCCCGUCACAUACAGGCAAUCCACAUGAAGAAGGUGGUAAAAUCGUGUGAACCGUGUGGAAGGGAAUUUACUCACAUCAAUUCAUACAAGGCACACAUGCGAUCUCGGCAUGGAAUUGGAGAAACAUAUCAGUGCCAAAUAUGCUUGAAAACAUUCAAACAACCAAGUGGCUAUAAAAAGCACAUAUCCCAAGCACAUAACAACGAACGGAACUUUGUAUGUUCCGUAUGUGAUAAACCAUUCAAGGAUAGGCAAGCAUUGAAUCUGCAUAAAAAUGUACACUCCAAUGAGCGACGGUAUGCAUGCAGCUUAUGCCCAAAACAGUUUAAAGGUGCCAGCGCAAAAAGAACACACGAACUAACGCAUGUCGGGGUCGUUUUUAAGUGCACAAGUUGUGAUAAAGCGUAUCAGUACAAGUCUCUCCUGAACUUGCACGUUAGGAAAAAUCAUCCGGAGAGAGUUGAAACUAGUAGCAAAGACUAG